CGGAGCAGCUGGAUGACGCCGCGCAGCAGAUGCAGACGGCUUACAUGGACUACGUGCUCCUAGAGGCCCGCACCCUGCGGUCCGCUAAGCGUGGACAGGAGGACCCCGGCGGUGCCGGCGGGCCCAGCCGCCGGCAACGCCAGCACCGCAGCCGCAGUACCUCCAGCCUCAUGAGCCUGGGCAGCGCUCCACUGCGCCCCGGCGGCGCCAGCUCAGGCGCCGAUAGCAUGAGCACCAGCUGCGGCGGUGCCCCGCAACUUGCCAGCCUCCUCGCCCAGUUCAGUCUGGUGGACCCUUGGGCGAGCAAGCGUGGCGGCGCCAAGGGCUACACGCAUCCGGCCACACCCAAGCCGGCCACUCCCGCACGCCUGGAUCGGUGGUAUGUCAGUGCCACCGUGGCGCCGUGGGUGGUGGAUGUCGCACGCACGUAUGGGGCGCCUGGGGACCACAACGGUGUGCUGCUCACCCUGUCCUUGCCCGACCUGCCACAUGCGCACCGGGAGCAGUGGCGCUUCCCCACGUACCUGCUGUUUCACCCCUCGCUGCGUUUGGAGCUCGAGCAGCGCUUGGAGGCGCACGUUGCCGCAAAUCCCGUGGCCAGUACAGGAAGGGGGGGGGGUCGUCUAAAUGGUUAAGACACUCAAGCCGAUUUCGUUAAGGCUUCGAGAGAUCCUGGGUUCGAAUCCCGGUCACCCCACCAGGAAGGGCCCUGGUUUACCAAAACCCAUCCACACCUUGGUGGUGUGUAGACCCCCCCUGUGGUGCAGGGAGUCUCUGGGGUACAAGGCUGGAGCUCUGGGCCUGCAACUGGAGAGCUUUCAAGUUCAAGAUCCAAGAUUCAAGUGGAGCUCUGGGCCUGUCAACUGGAGAGCUCUAGAUGAUCUGUGUGGUCAAGGCAGUGGCUGUAGUUGUCACCUAGCUGUUGAGAACUCCAGUAGGUGUGUGGUGUCACCUGGCUGUUGAGGUUUCCAGUAGGUGUGUGGUGGAACAAACUUCUCUUCUCUUCUCUGAUCUCUGGCCCUAUCAAGGUUCUGUGAUAUGAUCCAGGCUGCCUUGGCAGUAGGGUGGUAGUGCGUCUACCACCGCAACCUUGUAAGGAUGACAAAAAAAAGGUGACGGCGCUUGCACGCAAUGGGAGGCGGAUAAAGUUCUUCUUG